UAUUUCUCAAUCUACGGCCACAGUCCCUCCUCUCGAGUCCUCGACCCAUGGCUUCAUGACCUUUUGGAUGUAAUCAUGCACAUAAAAAUUCGCAAUUCUCAAUUAUGAUUUCAAAAUGAAUAUCCUGUGAGGCAUUUUCUCAAACAUCUACGCCGCACAGACAUGACCUUCAAAAUCAAACACUUCCUCUUCUCAAUCCUAAAAUCCCAAAAGCCCACCCCAUCUGAGGGCCCCAACCUUCUUCUUCUUCCUCACCAAUGCCACCAGUGCCGAGGCAUAACCAAGGUCCGUCUCAAAUGGGUCAAGAACCGAGGCCUGGACCACAUCAUCGACACCGAGACUGAUCUCAAGGCCGCAUGCCUCCUCAAGGACGCUAUCAAGCGCUCCCCAAUCGGUUUCCUCACUGCCAAGUCCGUCGCCGAUUGGCAAAAGCUUCUUGGCCUCACCGUCCCCGUUCUCCGCUUCUUGCGCAGGUACCCUACUCUCUUUCACGAAUUCCCUCACACCCGUUACGCCAAUUUUCCUUGCUUUAAGUUAACAGACACUGCAUUAUUGUUAGACUCACAAGAGCAAACUAUUCACCAAGACCGUGAGAGUGAUACUGUGGAGAGGCUCUGUAGAUUGCUUAUGAUGAUGAAAACUAGGACUGUAGAGUUGCAAUCUUUGUAUCCGUUGAAAUGGGAUCUGGGUUUGCCAGAUGAUUUUGCUAAAGUAUUGGUUCCAAAAUACCCGGAUCAUUUUCGAUUCAUUAAGGCCUCGAAUGGGGUCGCGUGCUUGCGACUCGCAGAAUGGCGAGAGGAAUUCGCGGCCUCGGCAUUAGAGAGGAAUAGUGAGAGUAGUAAAUUGGGUCAAGAGUAUAGGCAAUUCAAGAGGGGGCAAACGGCAUUGGCAUUCCCCAUGAGUUUUCCGAGGGGUUAUGGGGCACAGAAGAAGGUGAAGUCAUGGAUGGAGGAGUUUCAGAAGUUACCAUACAUUUCACCGUAUGGGGAUUCUAGAAAUAUUGAUCCUAAUAGUGAUCUUAUGGAGAAACGAGUUGUUGGGGUUUUGCAUGAGAUGUUGAGCUUGACUAUUCACAAAAAGACUAAAAGGAACUACCUCAGAAGCUUGAGGGAGGAACUGAAUCUUCCACAUAAGUUUACUCGAAUAUUUACAAGGUAUCCGGGAAUUUUCUACCUGUCAUUAAAGUGUAAAACAACGACUGUGGCUCUUAGAGAAGGGUACCGCCGGGGAAAACUUGUGGACCCACAUCCUCUUGUGCGUGCCAGGGAGAAGUUUUAUCAUGUUAUGAGAACGGGGCUUCUUUAUCGUGGUAAAGGUAUAAACUUGCUACCUCAGCAAGACAUUUUACUUGAUAUGGAAGAUGAGACAGAACAAGAAGGUUCUGAGGCAGAAGAGAAUGAAGCAGGUGAUGAGUGCUAUGAGGAGGAAAUUUCAGAGGUGGAGGAAGGGUCUGAUGAUGAGUAGUGUUUGUAUGACAGAAUUGAGGUUUACUCAAUGCAAAACAGCAAAACAUGAUCAGUGGCUCAAGGUUGCUCAAACAGCAAGUCAAAUUAUGGAGAUGAUGUAACAAGGGUGCGGAAAAACUUCACCAAGAGGAUAUGUCAAAAGCUAUUCAAGGGAAAUUUGAUAGAAGAGCCAUGGAUCAUAUAAGAAAUUGAAGGUAUACAGCAAGCAGAAAGAAACGGGGCAGUAGUUUAAACUCCAAAUAAUAGUAGAUCCGCGUCCUCUGUUUUGGUAUUGUAACAAUCUCAAGAUUCUCAACUAUUGUUUGAACAAAGAAAUAUUCGAGGAAUUUUGCAGGGUAACAUCAGAAUAGGUUUGAUUCGUGAAGUUUGCAUCUCCUUUGGAAGAAAGUUUUGAUCAUCAUGCUUAUUUGCUCGAAUUUACUUCAUAUCUUGGGAUGAGAAUUCCACUUUCUGUUCAUUGAACCUUUUUCUCUCUUUAAACGUUAACCACCUCUGUAAAUAACGAGAUAUCAAAACGAGUAAUUCCAUCUGACUGCUUCAAUUUUUGGAUGACGGGCAUAUAAUACUUAGCCUCAUCGAAUACACAGCAUAAAUGCGUCCCCCUUCGUUUUUUCCCAUGCACACAUUUAUCUCGACUAACUGCACUAUCCAAGAGUUAAAAUAUAUCCUGCAAUUACGUUUAUUGGCACCAGACGUACCAUUUGGAUAGUCUGACCAACUUGUAUUGGGCCUGCGCUCUGCCAACCUAGCCACCUUUAAACCUCCCCCAUU